CGGCGCUUUGGCGACAGUUGGCGGCCUGAGGGAGCCGGGAACCGGGAGCGGGAACCGGGAGCGGGGCGCGCGCCUCGGCAGGAUGAAGCUGACCACCCAGGCCUACUGCAAGAUGGUGCUGCACGGCGCCAAGUACCCGCACUGCGCCGUCAACGGGCUGCUGGUGGCCGAGCGGCCGGCGGGGCCCCCGCGCCGCGACCCGGCCGGGCCUCCCUCGCUCUUCGUCGACUGCAUCCCGCUCUUCCACGGGACCUUGGCCCUGGCGCCCAUGCUGGAGGUGGCCCUCACGCUGAUUGACUCCUGGUGCAAGGAGAACAGCUACGUGAUAGCUGGGUAUUACCAAGCCAACGAACGCGUGAAAGAUGCCAGUCCAAACCAGGUUGCAGAGAAGGUGGCCUCCAGGAUUGCAGAGGGUUUCAACGACACGGCACUCAUCAUGGUUGACAACACCAAGUUCACCAUGGAGUGCACAGAGCCAGCCAUCCACGUGUACGAGCUUCACGAGAACAAGUGGAGGUGCAAGGACCCACACGUUGAUUUUUGUGAAGAUUGGACUGAAGCCCAGAGAAUUGCUGCCUCUCUCUUGGACAGCAAGUCCUACGAGACCCUUGUAGAUUUUGAUAAUCACCUGGAUGACAUCCGGAACGACUGGACAAACCCAGAGAUCAACAAAGCUGUCCUCCAUCUGUGCUAGAGGGGCUCCUGCUGACUUAACUUCAGGGCAUUCCCACUGUACUGCUGAGAGAAAAAGGCUAUUUUUGAAUGUAAACAGAAUCCUCUUCAGUACCUUGUGUGGAAACCUGCCUGAUGCAAAAAGGAGUGGCAUGUCAGCACGCAGAGUGAUGGCUCCAUAAGCUGCUGAAUCUUUGAGAUUCCUUGGAAGAACUGCAAGCUGUCAGUCACAGCUGUCCUCCUGGAUGCCUUCCCAGUUGUCCUGAACAUUGCUGUUCCUUCAAAACCAGAACUACUUCUGCUUGUCCCUGCUGUUCAUGUUAUAUAGUUUAACUACACUCUUCUAACCCUUGGAGGUUACUUUUUAAUGAUUGUUGGAAAUACCUUUAAAAAAAUUAAUCAGUUUUGUCCUCAGAUGAGAAGUUUGAAGGUCAAAUACAUAAAUUAUAAGGCUAA